AUGAAAUACACUUGCAUCGAGUGUGGGAGGGGGGCAGAAGAGCUGUACAGAGACUUCGGAGGCGGCAAUUUGAAAAUCUCCCACUGCGACCACUGUGAGCAGGUGGUGGAUAAGUAUGUUGAGUUUGACCCUGUCCUGGUGUUACUGGACGCUCUUCUACACAAACCACAGGCCUACAGACACAUCCUACUCAACAGUGGGAUACAGUUCCACUGGAGACUGGCCAUCAUCUGUCUCCUGUGUGAUGCUUACAUCAAGUGGGCUCACCUGAAGUCAGCCGACACCACCGACACACAACAGCACAUGGGCUUCUACGCACUGGAGUGGGACUUCUACCUCAUGUUCCUCCUGGCAAUGAUAGAGUUGGCAGUGUUCCUUGGGUGCUGUAUGUUGCUGCUGCAGGUCAGCAGAAGGAUUUUACCAUCUAAUGAAGUGAGGUUUUCUUCUGUAGUUCGUGCUCUGCUACUGUCCAGUUUUGGGAAGUUACUGGUCAUUCCAGCGGUUAUCUGGGGUGAGACCAACAGCACAGUGUACCUGGGCCUCACUAGACUGUUUGUCUUCACAUGUAACUCACUGGCUAUGAGAGUUACCAUGGAUACCAGACAAGAUGUGGCAUGCGGUCUGGUUGCUACAAGCCUGCUUGUACAGUACCUCACAUCCCUGUCCAUCGACAAGUUAUUACACAUUCCAACAUGAUGUUAUGUGCUGUUGGUUAUAACUGAUAAACUGAUUUAUUUAUCCAGUAGUGGAGUUUAAAUUUCCUAUGAGUAUUGUUUACCUGGAUGUCUAACCUUCAUCAACGUAACUGAUAAACUGCAAUGUGUGACACACCAGUUCUGUUUUACAAAGUACAAUUGCAAGCUCUGUAUGACAGGACUGAAUGGAUCUAUCCACUCACAUCAGGAAGGACCCCACCCUUAAAGUUAUCGAUAGGUGUGGUGGGUUCUUUAACAAGUUCAAGAUGUGUCACAGAAAAUGCACAGGACCUCCCAUUUGUAUACAUGUAGAUUACCAAUCUGGACAAGUCAAUAAAAACAUAAAUCUUUCUUCACCAUCUUAAAAUGUUUUAUUGCAUACUUUUCUUCCUUUUCUAUACAUGUGUCAGCCCUAUCCAUAGGCUUUCACCUCAACUGAAAAUGCUUACAGCAUUUGACAAUAAAACAUCGCGAUUGAAAACCAUUCAUGUCUCAGUCAUGUUGCUUGACCACCUGUCCAAGGUGACCACUUUUCUAUUGUCCUUUGGGUGUUCA